GGCAGCCCGGCCGCUCCCUACAUCCGCCGCCGUAGCGGGGGAAGGAGCCGGCGGUGCGGAGCCGGUAACCGGGCUGCGUCCUGUCCGCUGUCCCCGCAGGCUGCGUGGAGCAUGGGGCGCGCAGGGGUUCUGCUGGUGCUGGGGCUCCUGUGUCUGGGUGCGGAGCUGGUGAGCGCGGGUGGGAAGAAGUCUUACAGUGGGCCCUGUGGGGGCCGUGAUUGCAGCGCUGGAUGCAAAUGUUUCCCAGAGAAGGGUGCGCGGGGUCGGCCAGGACCGAUUGGGCUUCAAGGACCGAUAGGUGCACCUGGAUUUACUGGCCCAGAAGGUUUGCCAGGAGCAAAAGGUGAGAGAGGAGCAGUGGGCCCUCCUGGACUAGCUGGACAUAAAGGUGACAAGGGCCCAAUGGGAGUUCCAGGGUUUCAAGGCAUCAACGGGAUCCCAGGUCACCCUGGGCAACCUGGACCUAGAGGUCUGCCCGGCCUUGAUGGCUGCAAUGGUACCACUGGGAGUCCUGGUGUUUCCGGAUCAGAUGGGUUUCCUGGCCUACCUGGGCUGCCUGGUCGUCCUGGCCCGAAAGGCCUUAAAGGAGAACCUGUUUUUGCUCAAGGCAGCCUUAAAGGAAUGAAGGGAGAAAAUGGUCUUCCUGGAUUGGAUGGAAUUUCUGGCCCAAAAGGUUUUCCAGGUCCAGUAGGUUCUGCAGGCCCUAUAGGAUUACCAGGUUUGCAGGGUCCAGUGGGUCCCCCUGGGCCACCAGGUCCAAAAGGUAACAUGGGAUUAGGCUUUCAAGGAGAGAAAGGAGAAAAGGGUGAUGUAGGGCUGCCUGGCCCUCCAGGUCCCCCACCGUCCACUGGAAUACUGGAAUUCAUGGGAUUUCCAAAAGGGAAGCAAGGUGAAAAGGGUGAGCCAGGCCCUCAAGGAUUCCCUGGAGAGAAAGGAUUGCCUGGCAUUCCGGGCUUCGGAGGUAUUGGAGAAAAAGGAGAAAAAGGUGUGCCUGGCUUACCAGGUGGCAGGGGUCUUUUGGGACUGGAUGGAUCUGAUGGGAUUCCAGGGAGAAAGGGUCAUCCAGGUAUUCCAGGCUAUCCAGGACUGGAUGGAGUUGAAGGCAUUAAGGGUGAAUUAGGUGACAUCGGUCCCCCAGGCCCUCCUAUUGUUAUUGACAGGGAAGGUUUAGUCAUUUCAGGUGCCCAGGGUGACCCUGGAAACCCAGGAAUACCUGGUCCUCCAGGAGAUGAAGGGAUCAGUGGUUUACCAGGCCUUCCAGGAGCUCCAGGGUUUCCAGGCUUGGAGAGAGAUGGAAUGGGCCCUGGAGGGUCUCCAGGUAUUCCAGGUGUGAAGGGUGAAGUGGGAGAACCAGGAAGAGCAACGAUUGGUUUACCAGGCACUUCCGGCAGAGGUGGUUUACCGGGUCUGCCAGGAGCACCAGGAUUGCCCGGGUCACCACGCCCUUCAUUCCCCCCCGACACGAUCCUGGAUGGAAGGACUGGGGCCCCAGGGGAGCCUGGACAAAGAGGGCUACCAGGAGCUUUAGGUCCAAAGGGGUAUAAAGGAGAGGCAGGUGAUUGUGCUUGUGAUGGAGGAGUUACAAGAACUGGUCUGAAAGGCAUCUCAGGUCUGCCAGGUCCAUCGGGAAGCCCUGGUUUGUCAGGGGCUAAGGGCAUUGGUGGAGACCCAGGCACUGUGGGUGCACCAGGACUGCGAGGCCCUCCGGCUUCAGCUGGUCAGCAAGGUCUUCCAGGUCUUAAGGGAGAAAAAGGGGACUCAAUCUAUGCAACAGGCAGAGGUGCUCGUGGGGACCGUGGUGCAACAGCACCCAGAGGACCUUCAGGCAUCCCAGGAACCCCUGGCAGGGAUGGACUUCCAGGCUUGCCAGGCCCACCAGGCCCUCCAGGUGAUGGUGGGCUAGGUUUCCCAGGUGAAAAAGGACUGCCAGGAUUACCAGGCACCAAGGGCCAUCGUGGAGAAAUUGGUUCUCCUGGUGUUGGAUAUCCAGGUGCUAGUGGGGUCCGUGGGCCGCCAGGUGACCCAGGGAUGGAUGGGCUUCCAGGACAAGCAGGUCUUCCAGGCGCUCCAGGUAUCACCUUGCCCUGCAUAGUUCCUGGAGCAUAUGGGCCCCCAGGGACUCCCGGCUUUCCAGGAUUGCCAGGUCCCAAAGGCAACAAAGGUUUUCCCGGCAUUCCAGGCCAACCUGGAUUACAUGGGUCAAAAGGACAACCAGGGUCUCCAGGAAUAAUAGGCUUGCAAGGGGAACCUGGCUUCCCUGGGCCUCGAGGAGAGCAAGGGUCACAAGGACUUCCAGGACUGGAUGGAACAGAUGGUUUCCCUGGGAAAAUGGGUGCUUCAGGCUUAGCUGGAAUGAAAGGAGCUCCUGGAGAUGUGUUUGGUGCUGACAGUGGGGCCCUGGGAGAGCGUGGCCGACCUGGACUCCCAGGUGAUAAAGGGCUUGCAGGUGAUCCUGGAUUUCCAGGACCAAAAGGGUUAGAUGGCAGACCAGGCCUCCUGGGUAUUAAAGGCGAACAGGGUAAUCCAGGAUAUUCAGGUGUCCCUGGAUUGCGGGGACCUCCUGGUCCUGGAGGUCCUUUUGGCAUAAAGGGAAAACCAGGACCCUUGGGGUCAGUUGGCCUUACAGGAGCACCAGGGCUUCCUGGCAUCAAAGGCUUGAUGGGGGAUGUAGGUCCACAAGGCCCUGCUGGUAUGAAAGGCUUCCCAGGUCUUGAUGGUGCUCCAGGAUCUCCUGGGGAAAGAGGAUUCUUAGGGCCACCUGGGCCUUUUGGUCAAGAUGGACGUCCAGGUUUCUCUGGGCCAAAAGGCGAGAAAGGGUCCUCUGGCCUGCUUGGUUUCCCUGGCAUGCCAGGUCUGCCUGGUGUCCCUGGUGUGAAUGGGUUUAAAGGAACUCCUGGCACAGCUGGAGGAAAAGGAAGCCCUGGAAUUAUAGGACUCCAAGGUCAAAAAGGUGACAGAGGUGAUGUAGGUCCACCUGGUCUUCCUGUUGUUGGGCUUCCAGAACAGGCACUGCAAUUCAAAGGAGACAAAGGAGAUCCUGGAUUAGCUGGACUUGGAGGAUUCCCUGGGCCUAGAGGUGAUAAAGGAAUCCCAGGAAGCCGUGGACAGCCUGGUCUCCCUGGUCCAAUUGGGUCAGCAAGCAAAGAGAGAGGUCUUCAUGGUGACCUGGGCUUCCCUGGUCCACCUGGACAGCCUGGGCUGCCAGGACAGAAGGGUACACAUGGCAUCAUUGGAUUUCCAGGAAUGCCAGGAGAGAGGGGUUCAGAUGGUAUCACAGGAGCACUUGGAUUCCCAGGACCUAUUGGUCUCCCUGGUCCAAAGGGUGACCAGGGAGAAUCUGUUGGCAUUCCUGGCAUUGCUGGAGCAAAAGGAGAGCGAGGGGACCCAGGGUUCCCAGGAGAGAGAGGGAGAGAAGGACCCAAGGGUGAACCAGGCUACCCAGGAAACACUGGGGUGAAUGGACUCAAAGGUGGCCCAGGAGACCUUGGCCAAGAAGGACCAGCAGGAAUCCCUGGAAAUGCUGGGCCGAGAGGAAUCCCUGGGCCACCAGGGCCUCCAGGGCAGCCAGGAUCUGUUGGAUUCACUGGAGCUCGUGGAACAGCAGGACCCAAAGGGUUUCAUGGAUUUCCAGGUUUAAAUGGUCUGAAUGGCUUGCCAGGCACAAAAGGGUCUCCUGGAACACCAGGUCUGAGUGAAGCUGGACUGAAAGGUCCUGCAGGUCUCCCAGGUCCAAAGGGUGAAGAAGGUUCUCCAGGCUUGGGCAGAGGACCUGUAGGAUUCCCUGGACCAAAAGGCUCAUCAGGAGACAUGGGUCCCCCUGGUCCUGUGGGACUGCCUGGCUUGCCAGGAACACCCGGAGCUUCUAUUCCUUCUGAUAUACGUGGGAGACCUGGGGAUGCUGGCCAUCCAGGAACUGAUGGGAGCUCAGGUCUUCCAGGUUCUCCAGGACCGCGAGGGCCUCCUGGCCCAGCUUCUGACCAAGGUGACACAGGCAACCCAGGUUUCCCUGGUGUUCCUGGCUUGCGAGGCAGUAAGGGCGAUGUGGGACCCACUGGCCCAAUUGGGCUCCCUGGUGCAUCUGGAUUCAAAGGUAUAAGAGGUGAGCCUGGCCUUAUGGGGAUGCCAGGUAAAGACGGGCCUAUGGGGGAUCCUGGUUACCCUGGGCUGAAAGGUGAAAUGGGCCGUCGAGGUCUCCCUGGCCGACAAGGGGCUCCAGGUAUAACCCCACAGCCAGAAGAAGUCACAGCCCCUGCAGGCUUACCUGGUCUGCCAGGAAUCGAUGGUGUCCCCGGCUUUGAUGGAGAUCCUGGAUUUCAAGGCCCAGCUGGAAAACCAGGUGCAAAAGGUUUGCCAGGAAGAUCUGGUUUGAAAGGGCGUGAUGGUUUACCUGGAUCACCGGGCACAAUUGGGGAUCCAGGACCUUCGGGUGCUCCAGGACCACAAGGAUUUGAAGGUGUUGCUGGAAAGCCGGGCUCGCUUGGUUUGCCGGGAAUGCCUGGUCGGAGCGUGGGUGUUGGAUACACGUUAGUGAAGCACAGUCAGUCGGACCAAAUCCCACCUUGUCCCAUAGGAAUGAGUAAGCUCUGGGAUGGCUACAGCUUAUUGUACGUGGAGGGGCAGGAGAAGUCACACAACCAGGAUCUCGGUUUUGCUGGCUCGUGCUUGCCUCGCUUCAGCACCAUGCCUUUUAUUUACUGCAACAUCAACGAAGUGUGCUACUACGCCAGCCGCAAUGACAAGUCCUACUGGCUCUCCACCACUGCUCCCAUCCCCAUGAUGCCGGUGGACAGUGGCCAGAUCCCGCAGUACAUCAGCCGCUGCUCGGUGUGUGAGGCACCAUCCCAGGCAGUGGCUGUGCACAGCCAGGACAUCACCAUCCCACAGUGCCCCCUUGGCUGGCGCAGCCUAUGGAUAGGAUACUCUUUCCUUAUGCAUACCGCGGCUGGUGCAGAAGGUGGAGGCCAGUCCCUUGUCUCCCCUGGUUCUUGCCUGGAGGAUUUCCGUGCUACUCCCUUCAUUGAAUGCAAUGGGGCCCGGGGAACGUGCCAUUACUUUGCAAACAAAUACAGCUUCUGGCUGACGACGGUUGAACAGUCGCAGCAGUUCGUAAGUGCUCCUCCCUCAGAAACUCUGAAAGCGGGACAGCUUCGAACACGGGUCAGCCGCUGCCAAGUGUGCAUGAAGAACUUGUAGUAACAAUAAUGCAGUAACAUCAACAGUCUUUGUUAUCUAAGACUAGACAUCACUGAUGCGAAGAAGGAUAAAUUCAUAAACCUGUUUUGUGUGUGGUUGAUGGGUGAAUCAAGACAGCCAGAAUUCUACAACAAUCAAGUGUAAAGUCUAGGAGUUUGACUGCACACAGAGGAGGGAAACACCAGUGCUCUGAAACCUCUUUUCUUAUGGAACAUGGUGCUAUGCUUUUACUUCAGUGGGGUUCUUCCCUCAUUUAUGGCUACCUCAGCAAGUCUCUCCGAGUUCCUCAUUUAGAUCGAAGAGUAGCUGAUGUCUCUCAUUACACCAUCCCUUUGUCCAAGAGAGACUUCGCAUAGAAUCAUAUGAUUUUUCAAGAUCAUAUAACUUUUCAAAAGUUAUGCUUUACUAGUGUCUUUGCAAGCAGUAUUUGGUCUAGUGUUAGGGAAUGAAGGCUCAUUCUCCUGUGAAAUACAGAGCUAGCUGAAAUUCAUCAGUGUAUUGCAGGUGACUUAGAAACACUGAGCAUUAAGGGUUGAUAACCAACUUCCUUAGGAUGACUCAAAGAUUAAUUUGUUUUGCUUUGCUUAUUAAACAGAUGGGAUGUUCUUUCCUCCACAGUCAUAGAAGAAGUGGUCCAAUCCUGUUUAAUAAAAGGACAGAGGCAGAAAGCCACAAUUUGGUACGCAGUCAAAAUCCUAAACUUAUCUGUUCCUCUUGCCUCUGACUAUCAAGUUUUUUCUCUCAACUCUCCUCUGUGUAUUUAAAUACCACAAAACUCCUUUAUUAGCAUCAGCCAAUAAAAUAAUAUCACUUUACAACAGUAUUAAUAUUUUUGGCUGGGUUUUUUUUGUUUGUAUCACUGCUAUCUUGUACCAGGAAAAUACAUUACCAUCAGAUCCCAAAACGAAGAAUUUAAUAAAGCAGUUUCUAAACUGAGACUUCCAGAGUCGUGUCUCAAGUCUAAAUUUUUAAAAUAUGGAUGUAUCUGAAUUUUCCUUUUUUGAAAACUGUAUUUCUUUUUCUAACUCACUUGUUAGAAGCUAUUCCAAUUCUUUAUGACAAAGCUCUUCCUUAGACAGGGCUCAGGUGAGACCAAGCAAUGAAUUACUACUGUAAAUAGUAUUUUUUAAAAUCAAAGCUAAUGGUUGGCAGUUUGGCACUACCUAAGAACACAUAACAGCAAAGCUCAGCUGAGAAACUUGUAAAGGCCCAGGCGCUUACAAACACUGCUCUCAGUAUACAGAGUGAUUUAGUCCUAGCUUGCUCUUCCCAUCAAAAUAUCAUAAAAUAACUAUUCAUAUUUUAAAAUUUUUUUUUUUGAGAAAGCUUUCAGAGAUCUUCAGCAAAGGAUUUUAAGCAGGGAGAAAACCCAGCAAGUUUUAUUUGUCUGAUAAGGAAAGCUUCAUUCUCUGUGAAACAUUUCAAUUGAAACAGCAUGAGGGCAUGCCUUCCACGUAGCUGCUUCUGCCAGGUUAUUUGUGUAUUUGCCAGGAUUGCCUUAUCUCUUUCUCCUGUUCCUUUUCAAAGGACGGGUGGAAAGUUGAAUUGAAAUGCCAAUAUUGACACCUUUCUAAAAACUUACAGAUUCUGAUUUUGUCUGAUAGGUAAUAUGUGAAACUAAUACUAAGGAAAAAUAAUCAUUUAAUAUAAAUGUUAAAAUAAUGUGCUUGAGGCUUUUUGGAAAAUGGGUAAUAUAUCCAGGACUUCAGUAUCUUUAAUUUGCUAGUUAGUGUUAAGGUAUCAAUGUUCCAUAGCUUCCCUUAUUGUCAUUAUUUACAAAGCCACUGCAUUUUUUUAAGGGAAACCAUUUCUGCUGUUAGGAUCAACAAGAUAUCAAAGGAAGACAAAGUGAAAAAGAAACAAGGGACAAGUGACUGGGCUUAGAUGCUGAGGCUGCUACAUUAGUCAGUACUUCUGUCACGUUUGUACAAUGCUGCCAGUGUCAGUGAAACUCUGGCUAUGCCUGAGAACAGAGCCUUACCCUCUACCUAAUUCUGCAGGUGACUGGUGUAACAAUACAGAUCUUACUACACAGGUCAAAACUGUAUGUAAUUUGUUGUUUUCUUUUGUUAAACAUUGAUCUGUUUAAGGGGAAAACAAAAUCACUGACAGGGUACAGCUGGUACCUGUAUAGGCUCUACAUGCUACAAUCUUCAUAAUUAUAGUGAAGAGAAAUUCAUGGUCCUACUAACAGCAUUAAUUUGGAACCACAGCUCACCAGCAUGCAGAGGGAGAUCAGGACACAGAGUGGAACAAACAUCACAAAUAAAUGGGUGAGCCAAAUGGACACCAAGAAACAAAAACUGUACCUGGCAAAAGCUGCCUUUGACAAGCCUUCCUGAGAAAUAUGAACGCACACAACCCCUUUCCCCCUGAUAUGGAUAUAACCAUCCUGGGAAGCAAACAAGGAAGAAUGACAAUUAGCAUGUGUAUUUGGCACUUCUCAUGCUGAAAUUUCAGAAGACUUUCUCUUUUCUCAUGAGUUUCUUCUGAGUAAGGGCAGAUUUUUGUGAUGAUAGGUGCUUCUCAUCAUAUGGUUAAUCACAGAAGAACCUCGUGUCCCAGUAGAUGUGCAACAAUUUAAGGAAUUCUUAGAAGCAGCUGUGCAAACUUUAAAAUCAGGUAUGCACAAAAAGUUGUUAAUAAUUACACAGUAAACAGAUGCCAAAUAUCUUCCAUACCUUUUCUUUGCAGUAACUUUUAGUACUUUCUAAUAGUUAUAGCUAUUUCCAUUAUGUCCCAGCCCACAGGGUCUUGCUGAUCUCUCAGCUUUUGGAUCACCUGUUGAUCCUGUAGCAUUCCAUGACAUUUCAGGUAUAGGAAGCACUGGUACUUAGUAUUUGUGUGAAGAGAUUAGAAUUAAAUCAGUAGCAUGAUAUACGCUCCCCAGUCUCCUUGCUAUUAAAAUAAUCUGUCUCUAAUCAAA